AUGACGCCUGACACGCUGUUCCAGAUAGUCGCCAUCAGAGACGUGUCGCGGUCUGCCGUCUCGUACAUCGAGAGUCUGGCCGAGCUGAUCGACGCGAACGAGGGCUUCUACGACCGCCAGACCAGGUCGCGCCCGCGCAAGCAGAGGGUCAUCCGGUCCGCCAACGUCGACGGCGACGCGCACGAGCACUGGCCCACACAGACAGCCACCCCCACGUACCGGCUCACGCUCCAGGACGCGCACGGCAAUUUGUGCUACGCACACGAGAUCGAGCCUCUGCCAUUUUUACGGAGUAGCCCGGAUCUGUACCCGGUCCGACUCGGGUCGAAAUUGCUGGUGCAAAAGGGCGCCACAGUGGUGUUUGGCUCGGCAUUUCAGCUCACCCCAUCCACCUGCCGCUUUCUUGGCGGCGAACUCCCCCACAUGAACCACGACCUGUACCGUCGCGAGCUGCAGAAUUUCAAACGUGAAAUAAAUUACACCGGGUAA